AUGGCUUUCCCUGAAUACCCUUUCUAUUCAUGGGUCGUCACAGUUCCGCUCUGCACUUCCGACCAGAGAGCCCGACUGGAUAAGUUUUAUGAGGGCCAGGCGGAAGUGUAUGACGCCACUCGAAACGGCCUGCUUCGGGGUCGGGAGACAAUGUUAAGUCUCUCCGCUGCACACCUGCGUCUUCUGCGUCAAAAGCACCCGAAGAAACGGUUAGUGUGGGUGGACAUUGGCGGUGGGACAGGUUAUAACAUCGAGGCGAUGGAUCAAUACUUCCCAAUCUCCUCGUUCGACGCGGUCUAUCUCAUCGAUCUUUGCGAGCCCUUGUUGGAAGUGGCCCGCAAGCGGUUCAAGAAGCGAGGCUGGACGAACGUCACGGUCCUGUGCCAAGACGCGAGCGAGUUCCAUUUACCGGAAUGGGAGGGCGCCGAUCCCAAGGGAAGUGUCGGCUUCGUCACCCUGAGCUAUUCACUUUCCAUGAUUCCGAGUUUCUAUACCCUGAUAGAUCGGAUUGACUACGUCCUGUCCCCUGAGGACGGCCUCAUCGGGGUAGUGGACUUCUAUACCUCCGGCAAACAACCCUCGCUACACGACAAGGCGAUUGGAGGGGUCAGCAAGGAAUGUGGCUGGCUUAGCCGGUGGUUCUGGCAGAUCUGGUUCGACUUUGAUCAUGUCUCGCUUUCUCCCCAUCGUCGUGACUACCUGGAGUACAAGUUUGGUACUGUCAAGAGCUACAAUGGUCGGAACCGCUUCGUGCUGCCGUUCAUCGUCAGGAUCCCAUACUACAUGUGGCUCGGACGCUCACGUUCCUGCGACGUCUCCGCCUUCUGCCACGCGUUCGAAGUCGAAGGCGGGAACACAGUCGGGAAUUGCUCACCGUCACCUCGAUCGCUCAUGGCGGCCAACCCUAUCAAGGAAUCCGAGCAUAUACCCUCGCUUGAGAUCGGAGAGCCCGCCAUUCCCCUGGCCAACGAAACGACGGAAAGCAGCACCUCCAGGUUGGACACGGUUGUGAAUAUCACCCCACCGCUGAGUUCAUUCCACUACCAAAUCAAGAUGCCCUGGCGGUUACCUUAUUAUGAACACCCUGUACACAAAGAGUUCCGGACGUUCAUGUAUUCCUUCACUUGGGAAGACCCAGUAGAGGACAUGAAAUACCUCAAGCUCUCGCGUGACGACUCGAUGCUAAUUAUCACCUCGGCCGGGGAUAAUGCACUACAUUAUGCUAUCAAUGCCAAACCGAAGAGAAUACAUUGCGUGGACAUGAACCCUUGCCAAGGCCACCUGUUCGAGCUUAAACUAGCCGCCCUCCAUUCGCUAAACUUUGAUGACUUCUUCGCCAUGUUCGGGUCGGGCAGACACCCCAACUUCUCCUCCCUGCUCUCAUCCACCAUAUCCCCCUACCUCUCAUCCAGCGCCUAUCAAUUCUGGCGAUUGAACGAUGAUGCAUUCUCGUCUUCGUUCUACCGCCACGGGUACAGCGGGAUCGCGCUACGCUUUGCCCGCUUUCUAUUUCGUAUCACCGGGCUCACUGAAGAUGUGGAGCGUCUAUGCAGAGCCCAGAGUUUACAAGAACAAGACAAGAUAUGGAAGGAGAAAAUCAGGCCUGUGCUACUCAACCCCGUGGUGGUGGCCCUCUUGAAGAACCCGAUAUUCUGCUGGAACGCACUUGGGGUGCCCAUGAACCAGAGGAAGAUGCUGCUCGAAGAUGGGUCUGCGUACGAGUUUGUCCGGGAUACCUUUGAUUCGAUUACUUCGACGUAUUCCCUUAAAGAUGGAGCUUACUUCUACCUACUUUGCCUCCUGGGCCACUACACGCGGGAUUCGUGUCCAGCAUAUCUCACACGGGCUGGCUUUGAAGCGCUGAAAGCGAACGGGUGCGAAGCCAUGGAUGCCUUCCGUCUCCAUACGGACUCCCUCGUCAACGUGCUCCACGGGCUGUCCCCUGCUUCGUUAACUCGCGCAGUCAUCAUGGACCACUUAGACUGGUUCGCGCCAGGAUCGAAGGAAGUAGAAGAGGAAGUGCGAGAGCUCCAUCGCGCGCUUGCGCCCGGUGGGAUCGUGCUGUGGCGGUCCGCGGGGAAGAAGCCGUGGUACCGCGAAGUAUUUAAGAGGAACGGCUUUACGGUCACCAUCAUUUCCACCAGAGGGUCGAAGGCGCCCAUCGAUAGAGUGAAUAUGUAUGCGUCUUUCUGGCGGGCCAUAAGGAUGUAG